CAGAAGUGUGUUAGUUAAAAAUUACAAUAAACGUGUUGUUCCAAUGUGCCGUGUUUGAUGUUUUGAUUUUCCAGUGAUAUCAUAAAUAAAUGUUCUGUCAAAGUGUGACACAAAUAUUACGAUAAAAUACCGCGAUCGCGAGUUCUUUAUUUGUAUUUAAACAAUAAUCUUGUCAGACACUAAAGAUUUAUUGUUUGUGACACAUAACAAAUUUGUUGUCAUGAAGAAACUGAGGAAAUUACAUUAAUUUGCAAGAGUAAUCAGAUGUUUCCGGCAACUGCUUCUUCGUGUAUUUAUUCAUAUCUACGUGAUUUAUUCCGAUCGGCGUAUUUAUAAAUUCUCUAAUGUCAACAGAACCCGUGUCUUUUUUUUCCGCCCGCACAAGAACAAAAGUAAAAUAAAUAUCAUAUAUAUUAAGUCAAUAACUUUAAAUGGGUACAAAUGAGCCCCAGGUGUUGAGAUCUAUUGAAGAUCGUCACAAAGCGUUUGUAAGGUUUGUAAAUACAACCCAAUAUCCCAUUGAAGUGUUAUGGAUUAAUUACAACGGACAGGCAGUGCGUUACAGUAUCCUACAGGCAUCUGGUACACUAGACAUUAAUACAUUUGCUACGCAUCCAUGGAUAUUUGUCGAGUACGAAACCAAAGACAGAUUUAUAGCUGAGGGUAAGGACGUUUUCUUCCCGCAGCCUUGGUUCACUCGGUACCUAGGUAUGUCACGAGAUCAGCUGCCUGAGCACAUUCCAAGGGUUGAAGUUCGUAUCACGCUACCCAUCUAUUCGCUACGCGAUAUUUCCCUCAGAGCGAUAAAACGACUUUUGCGUCACGACUUGCACGCUUUUAGUCUGGAUAUACCCAAGAGUUUGCAGCGAGAGUUGGCUUCAAUGCUACCCAGGAAAGGUGUUUCUGGAGAUCCCUGACA